CCCACCACACAUCCGUGUUAGGGAAUUGUUUUGAUGGUAGACGUCAGAUUUCAUGGGGAAAACAUUGUUUAUUUUCUAAGCUUUCUCGGUCAUUUAUCUGAAGGCAACGUCAACAACAUAUGUUAUUUGUCAGUAGGGGUUGUUUUGUAAAGUUAUAGCCAACUAACUCUAGCUAAUGCAUCUCACGGCAGGUAACGUUAGCUAGCUAAUGUUAACUGUCAGUCUAGCUAGGUGGGUGAGUAGUUAGCCUAGCAUUGUUAGCUUGUUUCCAGCGACGCAGGCUAACAAAGCAGUCUUUAUCUUAAACGGCUAGCGAAUGUGUACGUUACUUUGUAGCUACCUAACUAGCACAGCUGUGGUCCUUCUCUACAGCGUAUUUAUAUACAGAUAGCUAGCUAACGUUAUUUACCACGGUUUCUUGCCUAGCUUUGCUAACUAGCCAGCAAAAUGGGUUAGGUUGUGGUGUUGACCAAACGAAGCUCAGUUAUUGAACGUGAUUUCUAAACUGCCAAUCAUAACCAGACACCCCAGUUGAACCAGAAAUUUCUAGCUACCAUAUGGUUUAUCCAGCUAAUAUUAUCUAGUUAGCAUUGCUGCAAUCAAAUCAGGGAUCUUCCAAUAACGUCAUGCCAUGGUGCUAAGAAGGUUACUGAGAAAACGUUGGGUGCUAGGUGUGGUGUUUGGACUGUCUUUGAUCUACUUCCUAACCAGCACCCUGAAACAGGAGGAGAGAACCAUAAGGGAUCGCAACCUGUUGGAGGCCAGGGACCCGGAUCACCGGAUCCCAUGGAAAGUCAGGUUCAACCUGGGCAACAGUAGCAGGCAGAUCACUCAGUGCCGGAACUCCAUUCAGGGCAAAACGCUGCUCACAGAUGAACUGGGUUAUGUGUGUGACAGAAACGAUCUGCUGGUGAAUGGUUGCUGUAAUGUCAAUGCCCCCAGCUCAAGACAGUACAUUUGUAAAAGCUGUCUGGCCAACGGCUGCUGCAACAUCUACGAGCACUGUGUGUCCUGCUGCCUCCAGCCUGAUAAGCAACCUCUUCUAGAGAGUUUCCUGAACAGAGCUGCAGAUGGCUUCCAGAACCUAUUCACAGCCGUGGAGGACCACUUUGAGCUGUGUUUAGCCAAGUGUCGGACUUCAUCGCAGAGUGUCCAACAUGAAAAUACCUACAGAAAUCCACAAGCAAAAUACUGUUAUGGAGAAAGUCCACCCGAACUCCUGCCUAUAUGAUUGUUUGGACCUACGAUACUGUAUAGAAACUAAUAACGGUCCUCUGGGACCUACAAGACUGUAUAGAAACUAAUAACGGUCCUCUGGGACCUACGGGACUGUAUAGAAACUAAUAACGGUCCUCUGGGACCUACAAGACUGUAUAGAAACGAAUAACGGUCCUCUGGGACCUACGAGACUAUAGAAACUAAUAACGGUCCUCUAGGACCUACGAGACUGUAUAGAAACUAAUAACGGUCCUCUGGGACCUACGAGACUGUAUAGAAACUAAUAACGGUCCUCUGGGACCUACGAGACUGUAUAGAAACUAAUAACGGUCCUCUGGGACCUACGAGACUGUAUAGAAACUAAUAACGGUCCUCUGGGACCUACGAGACUGUAUAGAAACUAAUAACGGUCCUCUGGGACCUACGAGACUGUAUAGAAACUAAUAACGGUCCUCUGGGACCUACGAGACUGUAUAGAAACUAAUAACGGUCCUCUGGGACCUACGAGACUGUAUAGAAACUAAUAACGGUCCUCUGGGACCUACGAGACUGUAUAGAAACUAAUAACGGUCCUCUGGGACCUACGAGACUGUAUAGAAACUAAUAACGGUCCUCUGGGACCUACGAGACUGUAUAGAAACUAAUAACGGUUGUCUGGGACUUACGAGACUGUAUAGAAACUAAUAACGGUCGUCUGGGACCUACGAGACUGUAUAGAAACUAAUAACGGUCCUCUGGGACCUACGAGACUGUAUAGAAACUAAUAACGGUCCUCUGGGACCUACGAGACUGUAUUGAAACUAAUAACGGUCCUCUGAGACCUACAAGACUGUAUAGAAACUAAUAAUGGUUGUCUGGGACCUACGAGACUGUAUAGAAACUAAUAACGGUCCUCUGGGACCUACGAGACUGUAUAGAAACUAAUAACGGUCCUCUGGGAUUUACGAGACUGUAUAGAAACUAAUAAUGGUUGUCUGGGACUUACGAGAAUGUAAAGAAAACUAAGAGUCCAACUAAGAGCCAAGACACACACCUUGAUACUCCGUGGGAAGACGGGAUUCCCCUUCAUCUUGUGUCGACAUAAUGGCCUUGAAACGUCUGACACCAUACGGUGCUUAACAGAUGGGAGCUACCAAGAACACCAAACCCUGUAUAGAGGGGAUUUGACUGACAAUAACGGACGCCAUGUUGAACCUUUUGAUAAAGUAAUGAGAGUAACAGUCUCUAUAUAUGGCUCUGAAGAACACUAUCGUAACCUCACAACAAUGGACAAAUACUGUAUGUGAUAUAGCUAUAUUAUUUACACUUCAUAAGUGCAUAGCUUCAUAACUUCAUCAGUGAUGAUCAUCAGGGCUCAUUAGACCAGUUAGGAUUCACCUCAUGCUGCCAUUGUUCCACAUUAUGGUCAUAUUCAUUAGGGCACGCAACAGAAAAUGUUUAAAAAUGUUUGAGUCUCACAUGUUUUAGUCUGUUCGGUGCAAAAUGAACACAACCCAUGUUAUAAAGGUCUGUAUUUAAUGCCUGACGAUAUACGGAAGGUUGAUAUUGGUUGUUUAGUCCUUAUUGUUGAAUAUAAAAACAAACUAUAAAGAAUGUGUCUACUUUUGUGUGUAGUCGUGCAUGGAUAUUGACUGACUGGUUAUUUAAUAAAGUGACUGUGAAAGUUA